AUGGCUGAUGGGAUUACUUCAGUAUCGCAGUCGGCAGACUUGCAGAGUCCAUUAUCGAAGCCUCCAUCAUCGUGGCCUUCAUUUUCGAAGUCUUCAUCCCCGAAGCCUCCGUCCUCAGAGCCUUCAUUUUUUCAGUUUCCGUCGCAAGCGUCUUCUGUCAUUGAUCCUCCAAUCGCCCCUAUCCUUGCUGAGAUCGCAAGGGAUCACCCGGAUCAGCUGUGGGAAGCAGCACUGGCAUAUCACGGCUGCCCCAGGACCGAAAAGCCCGAGGAAAAAACCACCAGAUGGACUUGCUGGGGACUGAGGCAGCUUGUAUCCAGGUCGAUGGGGAUGAUUAGCAUCAUCGUGGCGUGUCUCGUAGUCAUUGCCGUCCUCGGCAUGAUCUUCAUAUACGUCCCGCUCAACGAGCGUUCUCGGAUGAAGGAGGCCGAAAUUACACUCACAGAGCUGUCCUCUCUCAACACCACAGCCUCUGCCUCCAUGCCGAGCGAUAUAGCGGACUCGGCCAUUUCCAAGCAUAAACGCCGCUCCCCUUCGUCUAUGACCAAUUUGGCCUCGCCUGCAACAUCCAUUCCAGUCCCGACUUCACGAACUGCGGUGUUCAACAUUACAGCGACAUACACUCCAAUCAGAAGUAUACCCCACGGCUCACAACGGCUCUCAAGCUCCUCAGAUAUUAGAACUGGACUGCCCCCGUGGUCUGAAACGACGUUUCGAAUCUUGCCGAUUCCAACAGGCCAUACACCCAGCACAACCUUUGCUACUCGUCCUUUACGGACAACCCAACUUGGAAUGCCAACCCCGGGUAAUACUUCUUUGAAUACACCAAUGACUAUUAACCCUAUAUCUACACAGAUAUAA